CGUCCUGCUCUGCGGCGCUGGGGCAAGAUGGCUGCUGAGAAGCAGGUUCCUGGUGGCGGCGGCGGCAGCGGCGGCAGCGGCGGUAGCGGCGGCGGACGCGGUGCCGGAGGAGACGAAAAUAAAGAAAACGAACGCCCUUCAGCCGGAUCGAAGGCAAACAAAGAACUUGGGGAUAGCCUGAGUUUGGAGAUUCUUCAGAUUAUUAAGGAAUCUCAGCAACAGCAUGGUUUACGGCAUGGAGAUUUUCAGAGGUACAGGGGCUACUGUUCUCGCAGACAAAGACGUCUUCGAAAAACACUUAACUUCAAGAUGGGGAACAGACACAAAUUCACAGGGAAAAAAGUGACUGAAGAUCUUCUGACUGAUAAUAGGUAUUUGCUUCUGGUUCUGAUGGAUGCCGAAAGAGCCUGGAGCUAUGCCAUGCAGCUCAAACAAGAAGCCAAUACUGAACCCCGAAAACGGUUUCACUUGUUAUCUCGCCUACGCAAAGCUGUAAAGCAUGCAGAGGAAUUGGAACGCUUGUGUGAGAGCAAUCGCGUGGAUGCCAAGACCAAGUUAGAGGCUCAGGCUUAUACAGCUUACCUCUCAGGAAUGCUUCGUUUUGAGCAUCAAGAAUGGAAAGCUGCAAUUGAGGCUUUUAACAAAUGCAAAACUAUCUACGAGAAGCUAGCCAGUGCUUUCACAGAAGAGCAGGCUGUGCUGUAUAACCAGCGUGUGGAGGAGAUCUCGCCCAACAUCCGCUACUGUGCAUAUAAUAUUGGGGACCAGUCAGCUAUCAAUGAACUCAUGCAGAUGAGAUUGAGGUCUGGGGGCACUGAGGGUCUUCUGGCUGAAAAAUUGGAGGCUUUGAUCACUCAGACUCGAGCCAAACAGGCGGCUACCAUGAGUGAAGUGGAGUGGAGAGGGAGAACAGUUCCAGUGAAGAUCGAUAAAGUGCGGAUCUUCCUGUUGGGAUUAGCUGAUAACGAAGCAGCCAUUGCCCAGGUAAGGAGGAAGUAUCUGUGA